UUCUUUGUUUUUAUUCGAUUUGUUUUCAUUUUUACAUUCUAAACAAAAUAAAAUUUUGACGUUAACGUCUGCGCAGCUCCAGCGACGUCAACGUCAAGGAGUGUGUGACAAAAGGAAUACCAGAAAAAUUCUUUCUUCCACUGAAAAAAUGUCAAAAAUCAAAUUUUUGUAAGAAUUUUCAACGUUUGAGGAAGGAAAAUUGCAAUUUGGGUGCCAGGCAAUAGAAAAACGAUAAAUUACAUCAGCCUCUAAAAAGAUUUCACGAGAAAAAAGGUUUUUUACGAAACAACACAAUGGCCAGUGGAGGAACUGUGAAUAUUGGUGGUAGCGGUGGAGGUGGUUGUGGCGGCAUGAAUGUAAAUCUCCAGGCCUUGCAGACAUUCCAUCAACGCUGUGGCCAUCGCAUUACCCUGUCCAAUGGUAAUCGUACAGCUUCCAGAUCGGUAAGGGAUUUCAGUCAGGCCCUGGUCUUUAGUGCGGAGCCUUUGAUCGAUGAUGUCUUGUUUGAGGUUGUCAUUGAGCGGAAGAAUCAUUCAUGGGGUGGUAGCAUUGAAAUUGGGGUCACCUCUGAAUCACCCGAUAAGUUGGAAUUGCCUUCUUGUGCCACGGUAAUGCGUAAUGGCACAUGGGUUAUGUCGGGCAUAGAUGUUCGCAAGGAUGGCCUGUGUCUUACCGAGUUCUAUGGCGUGGAUUUGGAGACUCUCAACGAAAAUGAUAGAGUUGGGGUGAUGCGCACCUCCAACAAUGAGUUGGUGUUCUAUGUCAAUGGGGAAUCGCAGGGAGUGGCAGCUGUUAAUAUGCCGAAGACAUUGUGGGCUCUGGUGGAUUUGUAUGGGAGAUGUGUGCAGGUUUCCAUUUGCCCCACCGAUGGCAAUGGUGUUUGUGGAGAAUUGCCGGAUGAGAUACCCUCACAUACCCAGCAAAUUGUCCAGAACAUAGACGUGGAUGUCACGGUUACCAGCUCAUACACCCCCAGUGGUCCCAGUGGUGGCGGCGGCCAACAUACAUCUGCAGAUGCCCCACCCUCAUUAGCCAAUUCAUCUAUCUUGAAUUUGGCCAAUUUUGGUGCCACCUCAACAACAAUUGGCUCCUCCUCACCGGGUGAUUAUUACGACAUGAAUGAUCGCUUGAGAUUUCACACACGUUGUGGUUCUUUGGUUAAACUUUCACCCAAUUGUCGUUCGGCUGAAAGAAGGCGUCCAUUGGAUGAGUUCAAUAAUGGUGUGGUAAUGACCCAUCGCCCGUUGAAGGAUAAUGAGUUGUUCGAAAUACGCAUUGACAAAUUGGUUGACAAGUGGUCCGGGUCCAUUGAGGUGGGCGUUACCACACACAAUCCUACGGUCUUGCAUUUUCCAGCCACUAUGACAAAUAUGCGUUCCGGUACGAUUAUGAUGUCCGGUUGCGGCAUACUGACCAAUGGCAAGGGCACCAGACGGCAAUAUGGCGAAUUUAAUUUGGAUGAGCUGAGAGAGGGUGAUCGUGUGGGCAUGAUGCGCAAGGCCAAUGGUAAUUUACAUUAUUAUAUUAAUGGCCAAGAUCAGGGGGUGGCUGCCACCAGAGUGGCCUCAACGCUGUGGGGUGUCAUCGAUCUGUAUGGCAUGACCAUCAAGGUGACCAUUGUUGAUCGCGAUGAAAGGGAACAGCAGAAUUUGGUGACAAGAAGAAAUAACAUGAUAUCCACCAUCAAUGCCUUGGGGGCAUCUGUGGGUGGUUUGCAGAAUGUCAUGGCAAAUGGUAGUGGCCUGGCCAAUUCGGCAGCUCCCACACCGGUAUUGAGUUUAUUGAGUCCGGAAAGUGAAGUGGCUGCCAUGGCCGAUUCGGGACAUGCUGGCACGGCAAAUCCCUCAAGGAAUGAUGAUCGUUUGACAUUUCAUCCUUUGUGUGGUUCCCAUGCAACGGUGACGCAUUCGGGAAGGACAGCACUGAGACCAAAUGCCUCUGAUGACUUUAAUAAUGGUGUGGUCUUGACCAGACGUCCUCUGCGGCCCAAUGAAUUGUUCCAAGUGCGCUUGGAACGUGUGGUGACCAAGUGGGCGGGCUCAGUGGAAAUGGGUGUUACCACUCACAGUGCCGAGGAAUUGGACUUUCCCUUUACCAUGACCAAUGUGCGAACCGGCACCUGGAUGAUGACGGGCAAUGGCGUCAUGCACAAUGGCAUUACUGUCAUCGAGCAGUAUGGCCAAAAUUUGGAUCGCCUACAGGUGGGCGAUCGUGUGGGAGUGGUACGCAAGGAUGAUGGCACGUUGCAUUUCUUUGUCAAUGGCGUGGAUCAGGGUCCGGCGGCCACAAAUGUUCCCGAACGGGUCUAUGGUGUUAUUGAUCUAUAUGGCCAAGCCGCCCAGGCCUCCAUUGUGGAUACCUCAGAAUGCAAUAGUCCUGACACGGGAAAUUCCACUAUUUCCAAUACCACAUUGUACAGUGAAACCCCCUUGAGAUUCCACAGCAUUCAUGGCAAAAAUGCCAGUAUUUCAAAUAGUGGUUUGACUGCCUCCAGGCCCAACUCUUUAGCAGAGUUUAAUGAUGCAAUUGUCUUUAGCAAUCGCCCGUUGAGGCAAAGGGAAUUGUUUGAGGUGUGCCUGGAGGAGGUGGUGCGCCAUUGGUCGGGUAACAUAGAAAUCGGUGUGACCGGUUCGAGACCUGAGGAUAUACAACUGGCUGCCAAUGCCACGGAAAUGGAUGCCAACGACACCAUAAUUUUGUGUGGUCCCAUGAUUUUCCACAAUCGCAAGAAGUUGAGGAGCAAUGUUUUGGUGGAUUUGGACACCCUGGGCACUGGGGCCAGGGUGGGAGUAAUGCGCAAUGGCGACUUUAUACAUUUCUUUAUUGAUGGCAUUGAUCAGGGUCCAGCAUGUGAAUGUCGUUCACCCAAUGUCUGGGGCGUAAUUGAUUUGUAUGGCCAGUGUGCCCAGGUUUCGUUGACCCAGGCCCAGGCGGCAGAUAUGCGGGCGCCCUAUGCCACCAGUGAGAAUUCCCAAAGCUGUCAGGCUACAUCGGUAAUUCAGCCUACCACCUUGGAGACGAAACAUCGUUGGACAUGUAUUUCGGGAAAUGUGACAUUGACCCAAAACUGGACCGUGGCAUCGCGUUUGACCGGGGCCUCAGCAGCCCUGUCAAGAUGUGUGGUGUUUUCCGAGCAUCCACUCAGUGUGGGUUCGCCGUUUGAGAUUAAAUUGGUCUCCCAUAAUCCCUUGUUUGCGGGUUGCCUCAGCAUUGGCAUUACCGAUCUUAACCUGGCCGAUGAUAAUGUACGCAAAAACAUACCGCUGAGUAUUAAACGCAUACCAGCCAAUGUCUGGUAUGCUUCGGGCAAUGAGGUGCGCUACAACUCAACGCUUUUGCAAAGAUCAAUGACCUCAUUGGAAUGGCUAAGGGUGGGGGAUCGUAUUGCUCUGGAAUUGACACCGGCCAGAACAUUGAAAAUAUUACUGAAUUCCGAGGAUAUGAAUAUACAAUUUCAAAAUGUUCCGAAUGAUGUCUAUGUGGUGGUGGAGUUACAAGGUUCCACCAUGGCUGUUCAGGUUAUUUCAUCCCAGGGUCCCACCUCACCCCUACGACCUUUUAGUUUACGUUUACAGGAUUCUUUGGAAUUUGGUGUAGAUCCCUUGAACAAACAAGAUUCCAUGUUGGAAUCCAUUGAUUCAGAGGCUCUAGUCUAUGAGUUUUCAGAGAUUUGUGGUAAAAAUAUACGUCUGCUGGAGGAACAUCGUUCAGCCAUGCGUUAUCAGUCCUACCACAAUGGUUUGGUGUUUGUUACCAAACCCCUGUGCAAGGGGGAGAGCAUAAGUAUUAAAAUCGAUUCCAUUAACAGCAAAUGGAAGGGUACCAUAGGUCUAGGUGUGGUCGGUCAAUGUCCACAAAUCUCAUCUGGCUCUGCCGCCUUACCACCGUCCAUUAUACAAUGUAAACGUCCUUGUUGGGUGGCCACCCAUGACUAUAUUAACAUAAAUGGCCAGAAGAUUGCCUCCAAGUAUGGCGAAGCGCUGGAGCACAUACAGCCGGGAACUGUCAUCACCAUGACCCUGACACAUGCGGGCAUGUUAAUCAUUAUGGUGGGUUCGGUGAAUCUGGAAGAUUUAGCCUCGGGUUUGUCAAAUCAUGUCUAUCCGGUUUUCGAUUUAUAUGGUAAAUGUGAGCGUAUAACCAUCAUCACUGGCAGCGAUGCGGCCCGUAAUGGCACACCCAUUGUUGAGGAAUCAACAGCCUUGGAAAUUGAUUCCAUAGAUCAAGACUCCAGUAUACCACAAUGUGAAAAAGCCGAUUUGGAAGUUCAUGAGAAGGAAACCGAGCAGUCGAUAAGUUUGAAUGCCCAACAGCCCACUAGCACAGCGGCAAUGAACCGUUCCGUCAUGGAAAGUGUUUCGGAAAACCUUUUACUCAACAUGUCCAUUAAGAAUCGUACAUUAGAACAGAAUCGUGCUGAUCCCAGCAGUUCCAGCUCAUCAUGCUGCCUUCAAGAGUCUCUAUUACUACAGCAUAACACAAAUUUGCAUAUACAAUUAAGCCAGAGUACCCAGCGAUUUUAUAAUGCUUUAAUUGGAUUUGAUAAUAACUCAAGCUCAGGAGGUCCCUCCACAUCCUCAGCGGCAGCAGCUGCAGCAGCGGUGGCGGCGGCGGUGUCGUCAACGGCUUCUGCAACAGCAAUUACAAACAAUGCCAGCAUUCCCUCUGCAAAUAGUAAUCAAAACAUAGACACCAACAAGGAGGUGGAACAAGCCGAAGAAGUCACGGGAGCCGUGGGAGGUUUCUCGCCACGAGACACCUCCGAAACGGGGGCCAACAAUGUACGCUGUGCUUCCAAAGAUAAUUUACAUGAACUCAACGAAGAAGCCAAUUUGGCUUUGCAGCAGCAACAGCGGCAAGAAAAUGAGAGCCAGGAUAAUAAUAUUAUUGCCGAUAAUAGCAAUGCGGCAGGUUCGGAGGCUGUGGCCAAUAAUUUGGCCAUUGAAAUCACCACAGUCAGCGAUAGUCCCUCGGCUGAGGUUGAGGAGGAAUGUUUGGUGGAUGUGUUCAAUGAUCGCCUAUUGCUAUUGCGUCAAUUACAUUUGCAACGACGUCAGGAACAGCAGCGCCUGCAGCAGCAAUUGAAUUUGGAAAAUUCCUCCUCCUCCUCCGCGGCCACCUCAAAUCAAUUCGAUAGCAUGCAAUCGAUUGCUUCAAUUGAACGCAAAGAUUGUGAAUAUUUGAAAUUGGUACAGGAGUUUCGCAACUCUCUGGUUUUGCCAGAGAGUUUCUUUCAGACCACGGUAGAGCCCAUAUGUUUUUGCAGCCACUGUAAUGCCCAGGCAUCGGAGAAGUUACAUGGUUGGGUCUAUUUCAAAUUGAAUCAGCAGACGGUCAAUUCAAAUUCCGCCACCCAACAUGCAUUGGAUACCACAGACAUGAAUGGCGAUUGGUUGCCGUUGUUCUAUAUGACCCGGGUGGAUAAAAUUCGGGCAAUACUCGAUCAUGGCCAGCCGCUGCCCAUUGAUACAAAUGGUGAAAUGCAUUCGCAUGGUAGUGGUGGUAAUCAAAAAGAUGAACCUGGCACGAGGUUGGAGUUGCAUUUCACCCCAAACUCCACGGCAAUUAUUCCGAUUAAUCAGCAAUAUAAAUAUCAUUUUUAUGGCCAGAUAUAUCAAAUUAAUACGGCUUUUGAGGUCUAUGUUCGAAGGCAGAGUCUUUGUGCCUCUUCGAAAUCAUCGAUGCACGAGACGAGUAAAUUCCAUGAGGAGCGUAGAUCAUCUACAUCGGAUGUGGAUUUAGCUGGCUGUUCUUCGGGCAAUGCGGCGGCAAGUGGAGGUGGCUCGGCUGCUGGGGGUGGUCAUGCAAAUCAUGAGUUGUAUGCCGGUCCCUCAACAUCGUUGUCUUCGGCGCCGGUUAUCAAAGAUCAAACCUGGUUUACCAAAGAGGCAGGGGCAUGUGUUAUUACGGCAUUGAUUUUAAAACUGGAUAAAAUUGGGCCAUCAGCCAUGGCCACGGGGUCAGCAGCAGCGGCAGCCAACGAAAUACAUUAAGUUUUUUUAGAAGCAAAGAAAAAAUAGGUUCCCCAAAAUGAUGAUGAUAUUAAAUGCCUCUGGAUUAUAAUUUAUAAUUAGCUUUUAAAUAUAUUUCUAUAAAUUAUUGAAAAAAAAAACAAGAUUUGUAAGGCUUAAAAAAAAAUUCCCUUUAAAAAAUCUGAUAACAAGAAUAUCAUGCCCUCUCAUUCCCCCUCUCUGUGUAUAUUUAUUUGUUUCCAUUCCAAAAUUUGUUAAAACAAUUUGUAUUAUUUUUUAUUUUGUAUGCACAAAGCACUGAUUAGCUUUAGUUCCCCAAGAGAAAACAUAAAAAAACUACAACGUACUAUAAUAUGUGUCCUUUUUGACUUACUUAUUUUCUUAAUAAUAUUACAAAAAAAAAAAAAAACAAAAAAACUAUUCGAAAAAAAAAAAUAUUGUAGCUGGAAAAAAAGGCGAAAAACCAAACAACGUAUUGAAAAAAAAUAUUCAUCACACACACACUUCUAUGUAUGUGAAACAAUCAAAUGAAAUUGUAUGAAAUUUAUGCAAUAUAAAUAUAUAAAAAAAUAAAACGGCAAUUCGAAUGAAUAUUGUAAAUUUCGAAAAAGGAUGGCUUUAUUUGGAGAAAAACAAGGAGGCAAGGAACGAGGCCUUUUACAUUUCAAGGAAGAUUGUAAAUUGAAGAUUUUUGAUGGUGGAAUUAAAUUUAACAGAAAAAGAAGAAUGAUUCGGAUUCAUUGGAUGAUAAACUUUUAUUAAAGGAUGGAAAAGGAUGAGGAGCCGACCUGUUAAAAAAUCCCUUAGAUUUCAAAAAUUGUGUAUUAAAAUCCUUGUAAAUUCGACAUAGUGUA